GGCGAUAUACAGCGAUUUCGCCCAGCUUCGAACAUUUUACCGGUUUUGUGUUAAUGAUUUCAUAUUAUUUCUCUUUGUAGAAAUUGUUAUUAUGUUUGAUGUAGUGCUCCUCGAUAAAUAUAUUGUACUCGUUUCAGGAAGAUUUUGUCUAGAGACGAUCCACGUGAGCUGUGUCCCUCAUGUCGAGUGCCCUGCUCUUCAGAGGAGUUUGCGGUCUACUUGAAGAUGUCAACCAGAUACAAGAAGACUGACUCUACACCGGCGGGAUCUAUGGCGUCUUCCAUAGCCGACUCAGUAGCGGACGCGCUGAUAUUGUUGCUGCCGGCCAUGUUACAGGGGACGUUAACAGCGAUGAUGGCGGUUGCUUCCAGGGCAGAUCCUCAACCUGCAGCGGAGGGGUCCGGUUCCGCCCCACCCCACCCCACCCCUUCAUCGAAAGCGGAGAUUCUCGGGAUUCGGGUGAAAGCAGAGGUGUGUGAUCCUCUGGUUGCUUCUUCAUUUCCGUCCAAACUUUGGCAACUUCAAGUUGAACCGUCUUUUUGGACAACUCUGUGUGAGCUCGUCAAUACCCUUCAAUUAGGGUCUGGUAUAACUCGAAAAUUAUCGAUGUAAAGGUAUUUGACGUCAAACAUAGGAUUGUUGUGGUAUUAGAGCGGAAAUCUUUGCCUACCGUUUGGUAGUCAGGAAUUGCCAAAAAUAUACAUAGGUUGGUCUCCGACUGUAAUGAGAGCGUAUUUAUGUUCAAAUGUCCGUCUAGCUCUCUUACAGUCAGAGUACUCGGGCUAGGCGUUUAUAUUAGGGCUCCGAUAAACCAUUUUCAUCAUGACGGUAAAUGCAGGAAGAUAGCGCUGUCUGUUCACCAAUCACAAUGACCUGUCGUCAAAAAUGUGAAUCCCAUUGGGUGAACGAAAAGAAAUGCACGCUGCGUGAAGAGCACAGGAAUAAAUUUUUCGCGUCCGGGGCAUUUCACGCCGGGUUGGUAAGACAUUGUUGUUGUUUUUAACGCCACGCUGUGCAAAAAACAAACACUUUCAUAUGAAA